AUGACUCUCAGGAAUGAGCCUGGCUUUGGCAUCGAGGGAAUCCAAACGGAGGAAAACGGGAAGGAAACAGACCCCGGGAGCAGGAGAGGGAGGGGAGGAGACGGGCGGAGAGCCGGGGGCAGCCGGAGCCGGGAUGCGAUUGCUGAGCAGCCCUCAGCGCGGCGUCUCCUCCCCUCCCCAGAAUCCUUAAAUCCUCGCUCGCUCAGGGCCCCUGGACAUCUGUCACAGUCCCGUCCUGCACCGACGCGGCUGGCAGGGAGGCUGCCUGAGGGUGUGCGCGGGGACAGGCCCUGGAGGACGCGGAGCCGGGGGCUGCUGGAAAGGGGCAAGGGCUGGAGGGGCGGAGGCGGUGGUCGGGGCGGGGGCACCCGUGGGAGCCAAGUUCAGGAGGCCGGGGAAGGCUGGCCUCUACUUUCCCCCUCUAACUCGCUCCGCCAACUCCGCGCACCUCCCCGCGCCCCAGUCCCUACAGCCCGCGAGCCGGCGAUGGCGGGGCCCCGGGGCGCCCUGCUCGGGGCGCUGCUGGCGCUGCUGGCGCAGGCGGCCCUGGCGCGCACCGCAGGCUCGGUGCGCUCGCCCGGCGGCCUCACGCUGGGCGGCCUGUUCCCGGUGCACGCGCGGGGCGCCGCGGGCCGGGCGUGCGGGCCGCUGAAGAAGGAGCAGGGCGUGCACCGGCUGGAGGCCAUGCUGUACGCGCUGGACCGCGUGAACGCCGACCCCGCGCUGCUGCCCGGCGUGCGCCUGGGCGCGCGGCUGCUGGACACCUGCUCGCGGGACACGUACGCGCUGGAGCAGGCGCUGAGCUUCGUGCAGGCGCUGCUCCGCGGCCGCGACGACGGCGACCAGGCCGGCCGCUGCCCCGGGGGCGGCCCCCCGCUGCCCGCCGCGCCCCCCGAGCGCGUGGUGGCCGUCGUGGGCGCCUCGGCCAGCUCCGUCUCCAUCAUGGUCGCCAACGUGCUGCGCCUGUUUGCGAUACCGCAGAUCAGCUAUGCCUCCACGGCCCCAGAGCUCAGCGACUCCACACGCUACGACUUCUUCUCCCGCGUUGUGCCCCCCGACUCGUACCAGGCCCAGGCCAUGGUGGACAUCGUGCGGGCACUGGGAUGGAACUACGUGUCCACGCUGGCCUCCGAGGGCAACUAUGGCGAGAGUGGGGUCGAGGCCUUUGUGCAGAUCUCCCGCGAGGCUGGGGGGGUCUGUAUCGCCCAGUCCAUCAAGAUUCCCAGGGAACCAAAGCCGGGAGAAUUCGACAAGGUGAUCAGGAGACUCAUGGAGACGCCCAACGCUCGGGGUAUCAUCAUCUUCGCCAACGAGGAUGACAUCAGGAGAGUCCUGGAGGCUGCACGCCAGGCCAACUUGACAGGCCACUUCCUGUGGGUUGGUUCGGACAGCUGGGGAGCCAAGACCUCCCCCAUCCUGAGCCUGGAAGACAUGGCCGUGGGGGCCAUCACCAUCCUCCCGAAAAGGGCCUCCAUCGAAGGAUUUGACCAGUACUUCAUGACCCGCUCCCUGGAGAACAACCGCCGGAACAUCUGGUUCGCUGAGUUCUGGGAAGAGAAUUUUAACUGCAAACUGACCGGCUCGGGCACCCAGCCCGACGACUCCACCCGCAAAUGCACAGGCGAGGAGCGCAUCGGCCGGGACUCCACCUACGAGCAGGAGGGGAAGGUGCAGUUUGUGAUCGACGCCGUGUACGCGAUAGCCCACGCCCUCCACAGCAUGCACCGGGCACUCUGCCCUGGGCACACGGGCCUGUGCCCGGCGAUGGAGCCCACCGACGGGCGGCUGCUGCUGCAGUACAUUCGGGCCGUCCGCUUCAACGGCAGUGCGGGAACCCCUGUGAUGUUCAAUGAGAAGGGAGACGCACCAGGGCGCUACGACAUCUUCCAGUACCAGGCGACCAACGGGAGCGCGGGCAGUGGUGGGUACCAGGCCGUGGGCCAGUGGGCCGAGACCCUCAGACUGGAGGUGGAGGCCCUGCAGUGGUCCGGCGACCCCCGCGAGGUGCCCCAGUCUCAGUGCAGCCUGCCCUGUGGGCCAGGGGAGCAGAAGAAGAUGGUGAAGGGCGUCCCCUGCUGCUGGCACUGCGAGGCCUGUGACGGCUACCGCUUCCAGGUGGACGAGUUCACCUGCGAGGCCUGCCCCGGCCACAUGCGGCCCACUCCCAACCACACCGGCUGCCGCCCCACGCCCGUGGUCAGUCUCACCUGGUCCUCCCCGUGGGCGGCCCCGCCGCUCCUCCUGGCCGUGCUGGGCAUCAUGGCCACCCUCACGGUGGUGGCCACCUUCGCGAGGCACAACGACACGCCCGUGGUCCGCGCCUCGGGCCGCGAGCUCAGCUACGUCCUCCUGGCCGGCACCUUCCUCAUCUACGCCGUCACCUUCCUCCUGGUGGCGGAGCCCGGGGCCGCCGUCUGUGCUGCCCGGAGGCUCCUCCUCGGCCUGGGCACCACGCUCAGCUACUCGGCCCUGCUCACCAAGACCAACCGCAUCUACCGCAUCUUCGAGCGCGGGAAGCGCUCGGUCACACCGCCGCCCUUCAUCAGCCCCAGCUCGCAGCUGCUCAUCACCUUCAGCCUCAGCUCCGUGCAGGUGGUGGGAGUGAUGGCAUGGCUGGGGGCCCAGCCCCCACACAGUGUCAUCGACUACGAAGAGCAACGGACGGUGGACCCAGAGCAGGCCAGAGGGGUACUCAGGUGUGACAUGUCAGACCUGUCCCUCAUCGGCUGUCUGGGCUACAGCCUCGUGCUCAUGGUCACGUGCACCGUGUAUGCCAUCAAGACCCGCGGCGUGCCUGAGACCUUCAACGAGGCCAAGCCCAUCGGCUUCACCAUGUACACCACCUGCAUCAUCUGGCUGGCUUUUGUGCCUAUAUUCUUCGGUACCGCCCAGUCAGCUGAAAAGAUCUACAUCCAGACAACAACACUGACUGUGUCCUUGAGCCUCAGUGCGUCGGUGUCCCUCGGCAUGCUCUACGUACCCAAAACCUACGUCAUCCUCUUCCACCCAGAGCAGAAUGUGCAGAAGCGGAAGCGGAGCCUCAAGACAACCUCCACAGUGGUAGCGGCACCCAAGGGUGAAGACACAGAGGACCCCAAAUAG